UUCAUUGACGAUAUGCUAUUUAUACCCUCUAUGAACCUUCAGUACAGUUCAUCCCAAAGGCAGAAGCUCAUUCAAGUAUAAGCUCAAAGAGUCCUUAAUUAAUUAGCUUUCCAAACUUCAAAGACGAAGAGUAUUGUGAUGUUAGUGUUGGUAGUAGCCAUGGUCUACUUCAUGGUGAAGCCUGGAGAAGCCGUUUAAUACGACCAAGUUGCGGCAUCUUUGGCCCCUUGCAUGCCUUACUUGGAGGCUGCUGCGGGAAAUCCUUCAACUGCAUGCUGUGAUGGCGUGAGAAACAUCAAGGCAAUCACUCCAACCACUGCGGAUAGACAAGCAGCUUGUGAAUGUGUGAAGUCAGCUGCUGCUAAAUAUCCAAAUAUCAACCAGGAUGCUGCUUCAUCUCUCCCUGGAAAAUUUGGAGCUCCAUUGAACAUUCCCACCUCUAAGAACACCAACUGUGCCAACAUUAACUGAGAUGGAAGAGACUAGGAUGAGAAAUAAAGUUACGGCUUUUGCAGCUUUACGGUGUUGCCAUCUUCAUAAUCUUGUAUUAUGAUGCUGUGUUACAAUAAUGGUUGCAUUGUUUGAUCAUUCCCUGUGAUCAUAUACGAAAUUGUAUUCAGAUUCUCUUGUAAUGGUUUAUGCAAGCUUAGUUACUGCAAUAAAUACAUGAAAUAAUUGGUGUUAACUUUAACUGUUAAGCAUUCCUUGCUUGUUCUUGUUGCCAACGAACUGAUCAAAGACAUGCAAUACAUGCAUAAAAAACUGUAGAGAACAAUCCCCCAAUAUCCACACCACUCCCCCCCAACCCAAACAACCCCCCCACCACACCCCCCCUUCUUGUGUGCUUAAUAUUCAAUAGCAAAAUCAAUCAUACAUGAAUAAGCCACCAAUUUUCCAUGAAAAAAUUGUUGGGGAUAACAGAGCAUUAUUCUCUGGAGACAAUCAAGGCAGCAAUCAAACAAAGAAUCAAUCCAAGCAUUAAGGAGCAAUAUACGGCAAUAC